AUGCCCCCCAAACGACCCAACUUCCUCGUCAUCGUAGCCGAUGAUCUGGGCUACUCAGACAUCGGCUGCUACGGCGGCGAGAUCCAGACGCCGAAUCUGGAUCGCCUAGCGAAGGAAGGAGUGCGAUUCACUGAUUUCCAUGCAGCAGCCGCAUGCUCCCCCACACGCGCCAUGAUCAUGACAGGAACAGACCACCACAUCGCAGGACUAGGCAAUCUCAUCGAAUGGACGAACAUCACAGGCCAGAACGCGCCCAAGGGGUCACAAAUGUCCACCGCCCCGCAACGCGGCAUGCCCGGCUACGAGGGCUACCUCAACGAGCGGGUGGUAGCGCUCCCCGAACUCCUUCGCGACGCCGGGUACCACACGCUCAUGGCGGGCAAAUGGCACCUGGGGCUGACGCCGGACCACGCGCCGUGUAACCGCGGCUUCGAGCGCUCGCUGGCCCACCUCCCUGCUUGCUCGAACCAUUACGCCUUUGAGCCUCAGCUUGCGGGCGGGGAUGAGACGCCCACCUUCUUGGAGGCGAGCUAUAUCGCGCUGCAUAUGGAGGAUGAUCAAUAUGUGCGGCGGUUGCCGGACGGCUGGUAUUCGUCGGAUGGGUACGGGGACCGCAUGUGCCGGUAUCUGCGGGAGUGGUAUGAGCGGGGUGAUGAUGAUGAAGGUGAGAAGGAGGGACAGGGGGAGGGACAGCGACGCCCGUUCUUCGCCUACCUGCCUUUCACUGCGCCGCAUUGGCCGCUGCAGGCUCCGAGGGAGUACAUCGAGCAUUACCGUGGAGUUUACGACGAGGGUCCGGAGGCGCUAAGGCAGAAACGGCUGGAACGGCUCAAAGCGCUGGGGAUGGUGCGCGCGGACGUGGAGGCGCAUCCUGUCGUGGCUGACGACGACGAGGCCAAGCCGUGGGAGGAGUUCAGCGCGGAGGAGAAGGCGCUCUCGUGUCGCGCGAUGGAGGUGUUCGCCGGGAUGGUGGAGUGCAUCGACGCCAACGUCGGCAAGGUAGUGGACUACCUGGAGACGAUCGGCGAGCUGGAUAACACGUUCGUGUGCUUCAUGUCGGACAAUGGCGCCGAGGGCGCUGCCUACGAGGCGUACCCGAUGGUGCAGAGCGGCGUCAUGCCGCACCUGCAGGAGUACUACGACAACUCGCUGGAGAACCUGGGCAACUACAACUCAUUCAUCUGGUACGGUCCCCGGUGGGCGCAGGCCGCCACCGCCCCCUCGCGACUCUACAAGGCCUACACGACCGAGGGCGGCGUGCACGUGCCGUUCCUGGCGCGGUUCCCUGCCUCCGUGCCUGUCCAGCACGGGAGUAUCACGGACCAAUUCGCCACGGUCAUGGACCUGGCGCCCUCGAUCCUCGAGAUGGCAGACGUGCAGCAUCCCGCACCGCGUUACAGGGGUCGCGAGGUCGUCCCGAUGCGCGGGAAAUCCUUCUACCCCUGGGCGAAGGGCGAGAGUGCCCGCAUCCACGAGCAAGAAUUCAUCCAGGGAUGGGAGACGUGCGGCCGGGCGGCUUUGCGCUUCGGCGACUGGAAGAUCGUCUAUAUCCCCAAGCCGAAAGGCCCCGAGCGAUGGCAGCUGUAUAACCUGGUGGACGACCCCGGCGAGGUCCACGACCUCGCGGAGAAGUACCCCGAUCGCUUGAAGCAGCUGCUCAAGCUCUGGGAUCAGUACGUCCUCGAGACCGGCGUCAUCCCGCUCCACCCCGAUCUGGGCGAGUUCCUGGAGGCGACUGAGGCGCAGAUGCCCGAGAAUGCUUGGAUGGAGUUUGAUUAUUGGAAGAAGGGCGCUAGGGAUGCCCCGGAGAAGUUUAUGAGGAAGCCUCCUCGGUUUCAGAGGGUUGUGCAGCAGUUUUAG